AUGCGAUCAUCUAUUGUCUCCCUCCUCGCCAUCCAGCUGGCUUUCCUUGCCGUUGGUAACACGAUGCCGACCGACCCUGCAGGAUACACGGAUCUAUCAGCUCCAGAAAUGGAAGGAUCCACGGAUCUAUCAGCUCCAGAUGUGGAAAAAUCCACGGAUCUAUCAGCUCCAGAUGUGGAAAAAUCCACGGGUCUAUCGGCUCCAGAAAUGAAAGAAGACGUCAACUCCUCUCCACAAUCCUCUCUUUGUGAAAACCUUCAUAUCGAGGUACUGGGCCACCGGCUCGGUUGGUGUGCGGGUUGUAAACGACUUGAGAUUUGCGUCACCGUUCUCGCAGAGACUGGCGCUUCAUGCGCUGCAGCCUAUGUACCAGGGGCUCAAGCCGCACUCCUUGCCUGUUUGCUCUCAAUCGGUGUCGAUGAAUAUGAGGCGUCAAAGUGUACCGAUGGGUUGUGUUAG